UAGUUUGCACUGAGGCCAUUUCCAAACAAGCCUGGGAAGCAGCGUGGAUGAAAGAGGGAGCUGUUAAAGUUUAUUAGUUUAGCGACCGGUUUUACUGUUGGAUGGAUAACAUGCCAACGUUUACACCAUCAGGAGGGCAGCCUUUACUCGUUCGUGGAACCGUGCAAGAAUCAUUUCAAGACAAAAUUCCGUCCACGAGUCGAUAUGCGUGGCCUACAAAAGACGAGCGGGCACCAAGCCGUGCGUUCUCUAGCCGCGCGAGCAAGAACCCUUUCUUCGCAAGACAUAAUCCUCAUCCACAGAGAGUAAGGCAUCUGAAAGGCCUACUAGACAUUCCUGUGUGUACCGUUAUAGAUUCACCUGGCGUGGAAGACAACCAAGAUCGAUUUCUCGUUUGUACCCCGACUACGGACCAAAUGCGCCAAAGACCGCUUCGCGGUCUUCGUAUGCCGAUAAAUGCCGAUUCCUUUGUCACUGUGAAAGAAAAAGCCAUUCCUACUGUUGGUCUAGUGCCAAUCACAUUUACCUGGAGGGAGGAGCUGCGCAAGCUGGCGGAAGCAGCAGGUGUCAAGCGUGAAGUGUCAAAGAACCCUUAUACAAUAACCAAAGCCUACCAGAUGCCCCCAGUGUCCAGGCAGGGGUCCAGGAUGGACGAUAGGCCACCACCGUCCAGGAAUGGAGAACUACCCCCUCCAUCUAGGGGUGGGGAGAGGAUGUUGCCAUCUCGACAGAUGUCAAGGCAGGGUGAUGUGCCACCCCCCUCCCGACAAGGUGUUCCACCCUCCCGACAAGGUGUACCACCCUACCAGGAUGACAGACAGUUGCAGCACAUUGUGGAGUAUCCAGAUAAUGAGGGAUAUAUGCUGGAGCUUCUUGGCUCCAUUCUCCAGACAGAUAGCGUCCAAGCUAUUCAGUCAUGGCUGGUAAAUGCUCCAAACAAGGAGAAAGAGCUCGUGUUAGACAUGAUCCGUGCUGUGUCCUCGUCGGAUCGCGAGUUCCGUGAAGGCUAUAACACAGUGGUGAGAUCCCCAGUGUAUGAGGACCAGCUUCUGCAACAGGAAGCCAGCUUAGACGUGGAUAACAUUCAGAAGUACAACGAAGCCAAGAAAAGGGAGAUGGAAGAGGAACAAAAGCUAAAGGCGGCGAGGGAAGAGGGCAGCGAAAAACCAGGGACCCCUCGAUCAGGUUCCAACCAGGGCUACACUCAGUACCAGUGGACAUCUCCCGGAUGUAAACCAAGCUCCCCAUUCGUUGCCACGGAGAAGAAGAACGCGCUUGUUUUAGAGCAGAACAGACCACGCCCAGGAACAGCCGAGGCGGAAAUCGAAGAAAUUCGAAGUCGUCUCCAGUCACGCUCAUCCCCGCGAGUUUUUCAGCACCAGAGCCGGGCGUCCGCUGCCCGACCUGUAUCGCGGCCUCAGACACAACAGAGCCUUUACAUCCCGCCAACGGAAGCCCUCACCCAGAAUGCACAGCGUCCUCCUAGUCACCAGUCCAUCAAAAGCCAGCAAUCUGUGAUCAAAAGCAUUCUCUCGUACAAGCCGCAGCAGAAUGCAUAAUUGUGGCGCCCCAAUAUUUUAUUUUUUGUAACGAUUUCUCGGGAAAUCGAAAAAUGUUUACAAUGCAAAGGCGAAUAGAUCAUUCUGUAGCACUCUUAACCAUGGGCAUCUAGGUACUCGCACGACAGACAGAGCCCCGGUUUUGCCAUUUUUUCGUCAUCCAUAAUGCAACACGGGGUGUACGACACUUGGUUUCCAUUAUAAAUGGCUGGCUUAAAUGUUUCUAAAGGCUUGCUUGAAGUUCUGUCCGAGCUAAGGCAUCCUUAGAUGGCUUUGUUUCUCCCAUCAACUUUUCGAUCUUCUCAUGAUCGCCACGUAGGGAAGUAAAAUCGUUUCGUGAAUAGAUGCACAUGAUAAGUCAGAAUGCAUUUCGGCAUUGUGGGUGAUCAACAAAGCGCUUUUCGUGUCCCUUCAUUACAAUGUAAUGUCAAAACCCCUUUUUAACUGGUUUAUUAAACUUUUUAUACAAUUUAUACUUGUUUUGUGUCGUCAAAAACUGCAAUGCAAAGUUCGACUAAGGUUUUUGAUAGUUGUUUUCCUACGUACAAUAAAAUAUGAAUUAUAUGCAUUUUUCAUUUAUUUUAUUUUCUGUUUUGACUUAGUUUGCUACAGUGCAAAGCUUAUCUUAUUCAAGAUAAAGGGGAAUGCGUAUAGAAAUUAAGCAAAAGAAUUUCCUGUGUAAUUUUCCCUUUACGCAUUGGUGUUUUCAUUUGACAUGUUUUAAAAUAAAUGUGGAAUCUUUUUCUGAUUCUCUACGGUUGUUUCGGUUAGUAAUUUCACUUAUUGUUUUGUUUUUAUUUAAUAGUUUUCCCAAGCGCCAACUACACACCUAUUUCCCCUCAAUUGCCUGUCGAUAUGGCUAAACGUUUAUUUGGCGUUCACCUGAAUAAAAGUUUUACAUAUUCUGUAAUAAAAUAAUUCAUUACC